GGGACUCCUCAGACCGGCCGUGAACCACCUAGUCGGCACUUGCACACAAAGUGAGCCCCUGCACUGCACCUGCAAAGAGCAAACACGUACGACGUGCUCGCAGACAGAGUCUACCAAGGCAGGCAAAGAUGGUCCGUGGCGUCCAUUACGGCGGCGCGUGCGCCGUCCUCCUGGCCGCCGCCGUCGCGCUCGGCCUCGGCGCCCGCGGCGGCGCGGCGCAGCUGGACGACAAGUUCUACGAUCGGUCGUGCCCCGGCGUGCACAAGAUCGUGCGGCGGGUCCUGAGGGAGGCGCACAAGGCCGACGUCCGCAUCUACGCCAGCCUCACGCGCCUUCACUUUCACGACUGCUUCGUCCAGGGGUGCGACGGGUCGAUUCUGCUGGACAACAGCACGAGCAUCGUGUCGGAGAAGUACGCCAAGCCGAACAACAACUCGGUGCGCGGGUUCACGGUGGUGGACGACGUCAAGGCGGCGCUCGAGAAGGCCUGCCCCGGCGUCGUCUCCUGCGCCGACCUCCUCACCAUCGCCGCCGAGGUCUCCGUCGAACUGUCCGGAGGCCCCCGGUGGCGCGUCCCGCUCGGCCGGCGCGACGGCACCACGGCCAACCUCACCGCCGCCAACAGCCUCCUCCCGAGCCCCCGCAACAACCUCACCAUGCUCCAGCGCAAGUUCGCCGCCGUCGGCCUCGGCGACACCGACCUCGUCGCCCUCUCAGGCGCGCACACGUUCGGGCGCGCGCAGUGCCAGUUCGUGACGGACCGGCUCUACAACUUCAGCAAGACGGGCAUGCCGGACCCGACGCUGGACGGGGGCUACCGGGCGCUGCUCGCCGGGAGCUGCCCGCGGCGGCACGGGAACAGGUCGGCGCUCAACGACCUCGACCCGACCACGCCCGACGCCUUCGACAAGAACUACUUCACCAACCUCCAGGGCAACCGCGGGUUCCUCCAGUCCGACCAGGAGCUGCUCGCGGCGCCCGGCGCGACAACGGCGGCGAUCGUCGGCCAGUUCGCGAGCGACGAGAAGGCUUUCUUCAGGAGCUUUGCCGCGGCCAUGAUCAACAUGGGGAAUAUCAAGCCGCUCACGGGUGGGCAGGGGGAGGUUCGGAGGAACUGCAGGAGAGUCAAUGGAAGCUAGAGUGACCGAGUGAGGAAGCGUGGUUAGGCUUGUACCAUGUGUACCAUAUCUGUGUCAUGCAUGCAAGCAUGUACGUACGUACUACAUUGUUGAACCUCUUUAAUUUAUUCGAAAAGUCUAUUUUAAACAAUA